UAAGUUUCAACUUUUUCUCCACAUUUCCUCUGCUUCUUUUUUCUCUCUCACUCUCCCUCCCUCUUUUUUAAAGCUAAAGCCAUCACUGCUUCGCUCGCCGUCUUCCACCAAACCAAACCGUUCCCGAGAAACAUGAAUCUGGAAAAGCCCGAAAACGGUGUUUCAAUGGAUUCCACAGCACCUGCCUAUAUUGUUCCAAUGGAUUCCACAGCACCCAGCCCUGAGCGCCGCCCAUUUUCAAUUAAAUUGUGGCCCCCUAGUGAAAACACGAGGAAAAUCUUGGUGGAUCGGAUGACGAACAAUCUUUCUACCCCCACCAUUUUCACUCGCAAGUAUGGUAGUCUGAGCAAGGAUGAGGCUGUUGAGAAAGCUAAACAAAUUGAAGACGCUGCCUUUUCUGUUGCGAAUAAUCACUAUGAUAAGGAGCCCGAUGGUGAUGGGAGUUCGGCAGUGCAGCUCUAUGCCAAAGAAUGCAGUAAGCUAAUCAUAGAAGCUCUGAAAAAGGUGCCCAAGACCGAGGAGAAAGAGACUGUGGAGUUGAAGGCGGCUCCCGUCUCCCGUGAAACCGUUUUUGAUAUCUCCAAGGGGAAAAGGGCUUUUAUUGAGGCGGAAGAAGCUGAGGAGCUUUUGAAGCCUUUGAAAGAGCCGGGAAACGCUUACACUAAGAUAUGUUUCAGUAAUAGAAGCUUUGGGAUUGGAGCUGCCCAUAUUGCUGGGACUAUUUUGGCAUGCCUCAAGGGCCAAUUGAAGGAAGUUGACCUGUCGGAUUUUGUGGCCGGGAGACCUGAGAAAGAGGCUCUUGAUGUCAUGACGAUAUUCUCGGAAGCUUUGGAAGGUUGUAAUUUGAAGUCUCUGAACCUUUCAGAUAACGCUUUGGGCGAGAAGGGAGUUAGGGCAUUUGCAAAGCUCCUGCAAUCGCAAAAAGAGUUGGAGGAAUUGUUUCUGAUGAAUGACGGGAUAUCGGAGGAAGCUGCACGAGCCGUUUGUGAAUUGGUGCCUUCCACCGAGAGGCUUAAGGUCCUGCAGUUUCACAAUAAUAUGACGGGAGAUGAAGGAGCCGUGGCUAUUUCUGAAAUUGUGAAGCGUUCUCCAUUGUUGGAGGAUUUUCGAUGCUCUUCGACAAGGGUAGGCUCGGACGGAGGGAAAGCUUUGUCUAAAGCACUCGAGACGUGCACUCAUUUGACGAAGCUUGAUUUGCGGGACAAUAUGUUUGGGGUUGAUGGCGGCGAAGCAUUGAGCAAAGCCCUCACCAAGCAUGAAAAUCUUUCCGAGAUUUACCUGUGCUAUCUAAAUUUCGAGGACGAGGGAGCAAUCGCAAUAGCCAAUGCUCUCAAGGACUCGGCCCCUUCACUUAGAAUCCUCGAGAUGGCUGGGAACGAUAUAACUGCCAAAGGUGCACCCGCUUUAGCUGCAUGUAUAUCCGAAAAGAAGCUUCUCACCAAGCUCAACCUGUCUGAGAAUGAACUCAAGGAUGAUGGUGCGAUCCAGAUUGUGAAGGCUCUGGAAGAAGGUCACGAUCAAUUGAAAGUGGUUGAUAUGAGCAGUAACUCAUUGAGAAGGGCUGGGGCUCGAGUGCUGGCUCAGACUCUGGUGCAUAAACCCGAGUUUGAAUCACUGAAUGUUAACGGGAAUUUCAUCUCCGAUGAAGGCAUUGAUGAGUUGAAAGAUAUCUUCAAGAAAUGCCCUGAAAAGCUUGCAUCUUUGGAGGACAACGACCCCGAGGGCGAAGAUGAUGAUGAUGAGAAGGAAUCCGGGGAUGAGGGUGAUGACAAUGAACUAGAAUCAAAACUCAAAACCCUAGAUGUCAACGAGGAUGAGUAAAUCCCCGCAAAUAUCAGGACCCUAUCCCGACUCUCCAAGAAGCACUAAUGCAAAGUUCCGUUGAGACGAGAUGUUGUUUCCCUAUCGUUAGCCUAGCAUCUUAAAGUUUAUGUAGCUGCUAGCAAAGAUAAAUUUUACCAUUUCAAUUUGUUUGUCAGAUUUGUAGACUCAUCAUUUCUACCAUUUCAAUGUACUAUUGCUUUUAGCUAAAGGCUUAUGUAUUACUCUAUUUAGAAAAACUGAAACUCUACUGAGUAUUUAGCCUUUACCAAUUAUCAUUGGUUUUACUACCAUCUAAGUGCAUGCUUAAUAAUCA